GUUGAAGCUCAACGCGUACCCCUUGCAAACACAAAGCGCGCAUCGCUGGAUAAAUCAAGGGUGUUUAAGUGCUGCAGGUCGUCGGGAGGCUGCAGCGGUGACUUGCAGCACGAGAUGCACAUUUGGUAUUGAAUUUAUAUAGAGGUUUACUUUGACUUCAGCAGCUAUAUACCCGUUGGCUGUGUCUUGCGAUGACGACGAAGAGCCAGUAGCACUCGCAAAAACCCACGCGGCCCAAUUAGCCCAUCUAAACGCUCAGAGAGAUACAACAUCGCAUAAUCACGUAUUGCCUCCGCAAAUACCUUCACAUGGCACACAGCAGCCGUAGAUAGCCUUUGGAGAGUCUCAUUACUGUUCGCGACCCUUAGCUUCUUCACACAAUCGCUCGCUUGCAAGCGGCACUGAGCAAUGCAUUUGGAGAGCUUCCUCGUUUUGCUGAUGGGCGUGUGCGCGGUUGUGGGCGAGCCGACAGUGGCGGACGCAAGCCCACGGUCGUCAGUGUGGCCGGACCCCUUCCUGGCGCGCUUGGGCCUCAUAGCCGCCGACGCCGCGCCGGGCCCGCAACAAGAGCCCACCAGCAGCUCUGGUGAUGUUAAGGAUCAGGGCUUGGAGCAGAGCCAGGCGGAAACCAUUGCCAUGCUUGAGUGGCUCGUUGACACGGUGGCGGAGGCGACGACAGCCCCCGCCGGCACCUUUGCCGCCGCCCCCGACGCGGUUCCAGUUCUUCAAGACCUGGGCCACGCAGCCCGCUCCGUGGCUAUCACGCCCGCCAGCGAGGGUGAAGCUCUGAUGGUGCACCUGAACACCGUGAGCCGCCUCAUCAACCAGUUACCCGGAGGCGAGGCUUCAUUCCCCGCUGUACGGCGGGCGGUUGUGGCGGCGCUGGUGCUGCGACGGCUGCGCCACGGCGCCUUCCGGCCGCCGCAGGAGCGGACGGUGCAGCGGCUGCUGCAGCAGCUGUGGACGCGACACCGCGCGGCGGCACGGGAGAAGGGAAUUGUGGAGUUUGCGCACGUGAGCAAAAGCGGCGGCACCACGUUCUGCCAGUUGGCGGAGCGGAAUGGCUGCGCGACCGAGUCGUUUGCGGCCAACAAGAACUGCGAGGUGGCAGUGUUCAGGGAUCAGCCGCGCUACGUGAACGGCACUGUGCACGUGGCGCUGCGCAAGGGCAGAAAGACGCAAUGUGACCGGCCCAACAAGCCAAUGAGCCUGCGGCGCGAGUACAGCUGCGCGCAGCGGAAGCGCAUGCUGCAGGAGAAGCGGUACACCAUCUAUGCCAACGAGUACACUGCCGUGGGCGGGCGGUUGAGUCCGCAGCUGGCGCACUCGUGCGGCAACAUGCUGACGGUGCUGCAGAUGCGGCACCCGCACUCGCGCAUGCUCAGCCACAUCCACCACGUGUGGGGCACCUACCUCAACCACUGCGGCGCCGAUCGCGAGGCUGUUUACUUCGCUGGCGGCCACGAGGCGACCGACUGGGUGCGGCUGCUGCCCGCGCCUCUGAACAACUACUUGGUUCGAUCCCUGCUUGGCGAAAAGGUUUUCAACCUACCGGCCGGCCAAAUCACAGAGAAGCACCUGGGCCUGGCGCGAAUCUUCCUGGCAUUCCAGUACGAUGUGUUGUUGGUGCUGGAGGAUUCGGAUCUCUCCAACACGGCACUGUCGUACGGGCUGGGCUGGGGUGAGCACGAGCUGCACGUGAACGCGGCGGCGCCGGAUUCUGGAUCCGACGACGGGCUGCCCAGCAAUCUGGAUCUGCUGUACGACCUCAACCGCCUGGACGUGGAGCUGUACCGCUCGGGCGUGCUGAUGGCGAAGCUGGACGCGAUUGUGUACGACGCCGCACAGGAGGUGGUGCCGGAGCCCAAGCCGGCGGCGGCGGCGGCGCCUGCCGCUGCCAAUGCCAUGGCGGCUGCCAACAGCACUGCCACUGCUGCGGGCGCGGCUGUCGCUGUUGCCAAUGCUACGGCUAGCACCGCCACCACCACGGCGGCAGCAAUCACGACUAGCUACGCAAAAAGCACUACUGCGGCGCCAGGGGCGGUUGCGGUGGCGGAGGCAACGCACGAUGAGGAGUUUGUGGCUGCUCGCCGUGCUAUGCGCGGGCACGACUUCCGGAGGCGACAGCAGCGGCAGGCCCACGAGCAGUUGGGCCAGGGCGCCAGCACUGCGGCGGCGGCAUGGGUUGGGGCUGGGCGGCGAGGUCGCGCGGCGCGCUGGGUUGCGGACGCCCUCGGCGCCAGCCGCGCCAUUCACACGCCUGGGGAUGCAGGCCAGGCGAUGGAGCCCGCGGGGAACGGAGCACAGUGCGGCUGGGUGGGGCAAACGUGGCGGAAACAGCUUUUGUAGACGCAACCAUUGCAUAUGCUUCUAAUGGCAGCGUUUGCGUUGCACAGCUAGGCACUGUGUCCGUGUGUAUGUG